UUUUUAUCUCACCACGGAGAGACCAUAAUCUUUUAUCAAGAGAUCUAUGGCUACCGCUGGUCAGCUCUCCGGUCACUUCUACCGGCCAGUCCUCACCGCCGUUGGUAGUAAUUGCCGGAGGCAUGUAGCCGCCCGUUUUCUUCCUGUCCCGCGGCGGCGGCUGCGGCCGAGUAUGAUGAGUCUACAGGUGGGCAACGAAACGCCUUCGUCGACGGUCGAUAUGGAACAGCUCGUUGGGUUCCUGUACAAGGAUCUUCCUCACCUUUUCGACGACCAGGGAAUUGAUCGGACGGCUUACGAUGAGCGCGUGAAGUUCAGGGACCCCAUCACCAAGCACGACACUAUAUCUGGAUAUCUCUUCAACAUUUCUCUCUUGAAAAAUGUGUUCACUCCUGAUUUUCAACUUCACUGGGCAAAACAGACAGGUCCAUACGAGAUAACCACAAGAUGGACUAUGGUGAUGAACUUCUCGCUUUUACCGUGGAAACCAGAGCUUGUGUUCACAGGGACAUCAAUCAUGGCUGUUAAUCCAGAAACUAAGAAAUUUUGCAGCCAUCUGGACUUGUGGGACUCGAUCAAUAACAAUGACUACUUUUCUCUAGAAGGUCUUGUUGAUGUAUUUAAGCAGUUACGGUUAUAUAAAACGCCUGAUUUGGAAACUCCAAAGUAUCAAAUACUGAAAAGAACAGCAAACUAUGAGGUCAGAAAGUACGAACCUUUCAUAGUUGUGGAGACAAACGGUGACAAGCUUUCGGGCUCUUCAGGUUUCAACAAUGUCGCUGGGUACAUAUUUGGCAAAAACUCGAGGAUGGAGAAAAUACCAAUGACAACUCCAGUGUUUACCCAAGCAACAGACGCUGAACUCUCUUCCGUGUCAGUACAAAUUGUCAUUCCGUCAGGAAAAGAUCUCAGCAGCUUACCGAUGCCUAAUGAAGAAAAGAUAAACUUGAAGAAGUCGGAAGGCGGUUUUGCUGCGGCAGUGAAAUUCAGUGGGAAACCGACAGAGGAUGUUGUCCGCGCAAAAGAGAAUGAACUGAGGAAAAGCCUUAGUAAAGAUGGUCUUAGAGCUAAGGUGGGUUGUAUGCUUGCUCGUUACAAUGAUCCAGGAAGGACAUGGAGCUUCAUAAUGAGGAACGAAGUUAUCAUAUGGCUUGAGGAAUUCAGUCUGGAUUAGCUCUCUGCUUGGCCAAACCUUACCAUAAUGUAUGCAGAGUCAUUGUAAGAUCACCACCACAUUCCGACGAUAUAAAAGUUGUAUACUACAGACACAAUCCUGUAAAGCGAAAGAUGGCGAAAUUCUCCAGUGGCGUUCUUCCUAAAUACAUAGUGCAUUUAAUCGCACGUUUUAAAAAAAAAAACGUGGUGGAGUAGUAUGUUUAGCAAAACAAAAUAACAUGAAAUUUGUCAAAAAUCGGCGAAACUGGAGGUCGUUUUGCAAAAAAAA